AAUAGGAAAAGUAAGGCUGUAAUGGCGGCUGCGGCUGAAGUCGAACAGCAGGUGCCGGUGGACCGCGCUGAGGAGGGGCUCCGCACAGCGGCGGAGGAGCUGGCCGCCCAGAAGCGCGAACAGAGGCUGCGCAAAUUCCGGGAGCUGCAUCUGAAGCGCAAUGAAGCUCGUAAAUUGAAUCACCAGGAAGUUGUGGAAGAAGAUAAAAGACUUAAGUUGCCUGCAAACUGGGAAGCCAAAAAGGCUCGUUUAGAAUGGGAACUGCAGGAAGARGAAAAGAAAAAGGAGUGUGCAGCAAGAGGGGAAGACUAUGAGAAGGUGAAGUUGCUGGAGAUCAGUGCAGAAGAUGCAGAAAGGUGGGAGAGGAAAAAGAAAAGGAAAAAUCCUGACCUGGGAUUUUCAGAUUAUGCUGCUGCCCAGUUACGCCAAUAUCAUCGGUUGACAAAGCAGAUCAAACCUGACAUGGAAACCUAUGAACGACUGAGGGAAAAACAUGGAGAAGAGUUUUUUCCGACGUCCAACAGCCUCCUUCAUGGGACACACGUGCCUUCCACAGAGGAGAUUGACAGAAUGGUCUUGGACCUGGAGAAACAGUGAGUCCUCAGAGCAGCCUGCCUGUUAG